GGUGCUAGCUUUAGUUUUUGAAAUGUGGUGGGUGAACAAAAGAUUGUAAAUUACAAAAUAUUUCCCCCAUCAAAACGUUUAAUGCAUUUCUGAACGGUCUCAUUUUUUCUGGCUUAAUGUUUUGUUUUUCUUGUUUCGAACAUUAGCAAAUGUUUGUUUAAACUAAACGCUACCACUCUAUUGUUCGUUUGUAUUGUGCUUCUUAUGUUUAUUGCAUUUAAUUUGUCAAACACUUAGCCGUUCAUGCUAUCCUUCACUUUUAUACAUCAAUCGGAAACAUAAUGGUGAUGGAGUCUGUUGUCUUAGUUGCAAUCGGCGUAUUAACAGUGGUGUUUGUUGGAUCACUUCUUGCACUUAUAUUAGUUUGCCGACACAAAUAUUGUCGGCCUUUAGACUUGUUGUCGCAUCAAUUUAAGGAUGUAAGACCUGAAAUUCAUCUGAUUUCAAAUGAUGAUGGAACAGACAUGGAGUUAGAUGAUGUAAGAUUACAUCCAAACAUUGAAAAGAUAUUGGCUGAUGAACAAUGGGUUGAUGAUGCUACUGGCCUCAUUCCUCACUGCUUAGCUAUACUGAAAAAAUGCCAUCACUUGACAGAGAGGCUUGUUCCAAUGAUGAUGACUCAUGUUUCCCAGCAGUCCCACCAAGAGCUUGGUGAAAUCAUUGAAGUUGCCAAGAAAAUAAGCCCUCGUGUGGACGAUGUUGUCAGAGCAAUGUACCCACCCCUUGAUCCGCGUCUGUUAGAAGCAAG